ACACAAUAUUGAAAGUUCACCGUCCGAUUUUAUUGGACGGCUCUCUUUAAAAGCCAUUUUCUCAAGGGUUUAAGCUGUUGAAGAACCUCUUGCACCAUUAGCUUGAGGUAUAAAUACAGGUCAGAAAACUGAACCGCGGCUCGGUGCCUGUCGAUCUGCCUUUACCAAGAGAAGAAAGAGAAGCCUCUCCGCCAUCAAAAUGCCUAAGCAAAUCCAUGAGAUUAAAGAUUUCCUUCUCACUGCAAGAAGGAAAGACGCACGCUCGGUGAAAAUUAAGAGGAGCAAGGAUGCGGUGAAGUUCAAGGUCCGUUGCUCCAAGUACCUCUACACGCUUUGUGUUUUUGACACAGAGAAGGCUGACAAGUUGAAGCAGUCUCUUCCUCCAGGUUUAAGUGUGCAAGACUUGUGAACUGGAACACCCUGAUCUUAUCAGAUGGUUUCUGGGAGUUGAGAUUUGGAAAACUUAUCUUUUAUCGUAGAAAUGAAAAUACUGUUGUAAUGAAUUGUAAUUGCAUGCUGCAAUUGUUUGGUGGAUAGUCUUUUUCAAUUAUGGCUAUUUAGACAUGUUUCAUCGCUAUGCAAUUACCAGUUUUGAUGUGUGUUUCUACUGUUUGUUUAGUUUGAUACGUUGAUGCUGAAAUUGAUUUCAUUGCCAAGCCUUAA